AGGCCCCCGCAGGUGUCUCCAGGGCGACGCCAUGAGGCGGCCGAACGUGCUCAUCACCGGCACUCCGGGCGUUGGGAAAACCACCCUGGGAAAGGAGCUGGCAUCCAGAGCGGGGCUGAGCUACGUCAACGUGGGGGACCUGGCCAAGGAAGGGCAGGGGGCUGUGCCCAACCUGCCUGCCGUCUGUGCCGCAGGGGAGCUGUACGAGGGCUUUGACGAGGAGUACGACUGUCCCAUCCUGGACGAGGACAGGGUGAUCGACGAGCUGGAGGACAGGAUGAGCGAGGGGGGGGUGGUGCUGGAUUACCACGGCUGCGACUUCUUCCCCGAGCGCUGGUUCCACGUGGUGCUCGUGCUGCGCACCGAGAACGCCCUCCUGUACGACAGGCUGCAGAGCAGGGGCUACACGGGGAAAAAGCUGCAGGACAACAUUCAGUGUGAGAUUUUUCAGACUCUGUAUGAGGAAGCCGUGUCGUCAUACAAAAAGGAAAUUGUGCACCAGUUACCCAGCAACACUCCAGAGGACCUGGAGAGAAACCUGGAUCAGAUCAUGCAAUGGAUUGAGCAAUGGAUGAAGGACAACAACUGACUCUGGCUGAAACAGUGACUGUUGGGUCUCUUCCUGGGAGGGUUCAAUAAAUGACAUUUGUAAUUUUUGUAUAAGUUA